CCAGUAUUUUGAGCGAGCAGUUCGAUAGAGUGUUACCUAUCGAAGGCUACCAUACAACACAAUGAAGGCAGUAAUCUUGUUGUUCGUGGUUGGCUAUACCUACGCUGCACAUCAUGGCCACCACACCACUGUGCCUACAACUACUUUGGAUCCUCACAGUGACGAGGCGCGCAUCAGAAAGCUAGAGAGCAGCUUGGAGAGCUUGGCAAGACAACUAAUGUUGCAACAGCUUUUCGUCGAGGAACGCAUUCGAAGUGAUGGAGAUUCAGGAAUAAAGCAGGUUCGACUAAAUCACAAAGGAACCAGAACCUUUUUCUCGAACACACAUAGCAUGGGAUCCAUUAAUUCCAUCCACGAUCACUCAAACUACAUUACUACAGUUGGGAUGGGAGAGGUCAUUGCAGUCUUAAAUGGCAUUGAUUUCAGAACACGACACAACGACUACAAACUUCGCAUGCCACAUCCGAAUUCAACGGUAUACCAUUCUACAGUUGACAUUCCAUUUCCCGAUGUCCCUCCAUCAGUUAAAAACCAACCUACAGUGGAAAAGCAGAUUGAGGAAAUGAGAAACUACUUUAAAGCCUGGAAAUUCCAGAACCCGUCAUUCCGCGAUUACCGUCCCUAUUUCAGACCUGUGCUUUGUUACAUGGAGGGAGCCUGGACAACCAACACAAAAACAUUAGACGAGCCUUUCUCUAGCGACCGCCACUUCAUUGACGCCUCAAGCUGGUUUGAUUUACAAGAAAAAAUCAGGUUCACCUCGUAUACGGGUGGAAAGCACAAUUUGGAAAACUUUUCUUUCCUUCCAACAACAAUAAUUAAUAUGAGAAAUGGUACUCCUGAAUAUGCACAAUGGAACUAUAGAAUUAUGUGUCAUCCAAUUAAAGGCGACGUUCCUCUGAAAGUAUUGGAGCCCGUUGAUGACUUAGCAACCCGUCUAGCGCACAAAUAUAAUCUCACAAAGUUUUCAAUGACGAGGUCAGCAAGAUUUCACGUUGCAAGUAGUGCCAGAUAUGCCAAUUUCUUGCCUGAGAAGGGUUAUGGAAUUUUCCAAGAUAGAAGAUACAGCCAUGGUAUUAUUGACACAUUAAUGAAUCAGAUUCCAGGAAAAGACAACUAUAAAGCCAAUAUAGUUGAUGACUCAUUAGGUUUAAAGAUGCUCGAUCCAUUUAGCGCAACAGACAAACCAUUAAACACCGGAUUCUACCACAGGCGAUACAAGUAUGAUGACAAAGGAGCUAUGGGAACUAAGACGAACAACAGAGGAUUCGCGGAUAAAAAUUUAUGGGUGGCUGAAACAACAAGUAACCGUAUAGCACCAGUGCAACUCACGGAUUGUCAGAAGGUAAACAAGACAUACACAAAAUGUAGAAAUAUUGAGGCUAGAUACACCUAUGCCAUUCCACUGGAGAUAAUUUAUCUGACACCUCUAAGUUCCUGGAACCCAUACGAUCUUCCAUUUUGGGAAGGGAGAGCUGCAAGAUACAUUCCAACUAAGAAUCAUAGAAACGGAGCCUUCAAUUCAACAAAUGCUUACAACGGAACAAACUAUGCUAAUUACUAUUGGACUCCUACAGCCUUCUUUAGCGGAACAGAGUUAAACCACGAUAAAGCUGACACUGUUAAAAACUCAGUUGGUGUCUUGGAUAAACACGGAAACGUCAAGCAUCUCAGCGCAUCUGGGGUGCGAAUCUUCUUCCCAAAUAUCCCCGGUGUUGGCGUUCUUCGUCAAAGAUGGCCUAUUCCACCCGUGCACCGUGAUGGUUCUAGCGUGCAAAAAGAAGUAGAUGCAAUGAAAGAAAUGGUUAACCAUAUUGGCGCUUUCUCGAAAUUGUUUCAAGAACCACCAACAGUUACUGGAACAGCGGUUCAACAGGCUCCAGACGCACAUUUUAGAACGAGUCUGGCAACCAAAAACCCUCCUGGAAGGCAUUAUCAUGAGCUCUUUAUUGCAGAUUCCGAUUACAAACUAGCACUUAAAGGACAGACUGUUACCGCUGAGACGACCAUGGAAAGUUCACACACUCACAUGGUACAGAUGUCUUACAAUUCUCACACACAUCAGUGGGUGAUUAAGAAGUGUGAUGACAUGCCUCAUUGCUGGGACGGGCACUCAGAAAUCUUGACCAAAGUCCAGUGAUAAAUUCAAAUGUACUUUAAUUUGUUAGCACAGUAAAAAGUAUAAAGAU